UUGAAUGAAAGCGGAAGUCAACAUUGAGUUUGCGCAUUCGGUAGUCUCCUUGUCGGUUGCAAAGAUCUUUGGGUAGGCAGCACCAACAAACCUCAAAAUGUACUGUGCACGACUAGUUGCCCCAGCCACAAGAUGCAUUGUGUCACACACAAGCAAGACCCUGGUCAGACCAGUCAGUUGCACAAUGUUCACAAAUAACACCGUCUCAUCAACACAGAUGAGGAACUUCCAGACCAGUGUUGCCAAGCGUGAUAUCGAUCAGGCUGCCAGAUACAUUGGCGCUGGUGCUGCCACCGCCGGAGCAGCUGGAGCCGGAGCUGGUAUUGGAACAGUGUUUGGCAGCAUGUGCAUCGCCUUCGCCAGAAACCCCGCGAUGAAGCAGCAGCUGUUCGGUUAUGCUAUCCUGGGAUUCGCUUUGUCUGAGGCUAUGGGCAUCUUCUGUCUUGGCAUGGCUUUCAUGAUCAUUUAUGGUCUAUAAAGAACUUGUGGACGUCUAGCGAAUUAUUUAAAUGAUUUGAUUAUUUUUCCAUAACAGGUUUUUGAAAUUUAGAGUGUGUUAAUAUAAAGUAUUUGUUGAAUAUAGUACAAGUUGAAAUUGUGAGUGUGCUUCGUCGAAGAUUUAUCAAGUGCUCACAGGGAACAAAGGGACCCAUGAAUCAGUAACAUUUCAUUGUGAUCAUGAGCCCAUUUACUGGGUGCCUCUUGAAAUGUGCUGUAUUUAUUAUUCUAAAAAUAUAGAAAAAGGGAAAUGUACAAGCAUGUAUGGUUUUAUGAAAAUGCGGUUUAGAAAAUAAAAUGUUACAUACUUGAA